AAAAAAAUGGCGGCGUUCAGAGCCCCUCCCUGAUCCCAGCAUGCACCGCAGAGUAGACGCAGCCAUUCGGGUGGUCAGCAAGAUGGCGGCCUGUGGGGCCGAGCCGCAGAUCUUGGUACAAUACUUGGUGUUACGAAAAGACCUAUCGAAGGCUCCGUUCUCCUGGCCAGCGGGCGCGUUGGUAGCACAGGCCUGUCACGCAGCCACUGCGGCCUUACAUCUUCACCGUGACCACCCGCACACCGGAGCUUACCUCCAGGAACUGGGGCACAUGCGCAAAGUGGUCCUCGAGGCCCCAGAUGAGCCCGCCCUAAAGGAGCUGGCUGAGACCCUGCGGCAGAAGAACGUUGACCACAUGCUGUGGCUUGAGCAGCCAGAGAACAUUGCCACUUGCAUUGCACUCCGCCCAUACCCCAAGGAAGAAGUGAGCCAGCUCCUGAGGAAGUUCCGAUUGUUCAAGUGACGGCUGCUUUGGUAUAGACAACUUAGCAGAAAUUGGAAUGCCACCAUCUCUAAGCCUUAUGUACCCCUGCCAGUGUUGACUGGUCUUCCCUUCCAGUUUUGAUGGUUUCUUGAGAGUCAAACUGAAACGAUCAAAUUAAAGUUGUUACCAAUCGGUACUUACUAUUAA